AUGUUGCGCUUGACAGCUCACCUUCAUACCGCGGUUCCAAACAUCACGCAAGAAAAACGCGCUUUUUGUGUGCAUAUAAACAAAGUUUUAUCAGCUGCUGUUUGCGUACUUUCAAGCCUAAAACAAUUUAACACAAAACCGAGCAGUUUGCCGUUGCAAACCGUACAAUGGUCGAAAGAAUUGAAGAUUUAAAUCUCCCAAACACAUCGGUGACCAGGCUGAUCAAGGAAGCCAUACCGGCAGAUGUGAAGGUGUCUAGCGAAUGUCGCAUAGCGUUGGCCAGGGCAACAUCGGUAUUCGUGCUAUAUCUCACAUCGACAGCCACGACGGCGGCCCAACUAAAGAAUCACAAAUCCCUUUCGGCCGACCACGUCCUGAAAGGUCUGGAGGAAAUUGAAUUCGAAAGUUUCAUUCAGCCGCUAAAAACCGAACUAGAGAAUUUCAGGAAGAUGAUUAAAUCGAGGAAAGACAAAAAAGCCGCCAAACCCGACACGGACACAACAGUGGAAGAUGCCGUAAUCGAUCUGGAAAAUUUGGAAAACAUGCAAAAUUCAUAAUGACAAGUCCACAAGAGUUGUACACGUUUUAGUAUGUAAGCAGUAAAAUUAUUAUAUUGUAACAAAAACCUCUGCUUUUAUGCAACAAA